AUGGGCUCCCGGCACUUCCCUGCCCGGACCGUGCUCUUCGAGAAGGAGUCCAACGGUGUCACGUACCGCGUGCCCGCCCUACUCUACUUGCCCUGCGUGGCCAAGCUGCUGGCUUUCGCGGAGGAGCGGCUGAGCGCCGACGAUGCCCACGCCAACUUGCUGGUGCUGCGCCGUGGCACUGUCUACAGGAGCUACGUGGAGUGGGAAGACAUGCGCGUGCUGGAGACUGCAAAGCUGCAGCACCACCGGUCAAUGAACCCCUGCCCGCUCUAUGACGAGUUCACCGGCACCCUCUUCCUUUUCUUCAUCACGGUGCUGGGCAGGACACCCGAAGCCUAUCAGAUCGUUACUGGGCAAAAUGUCACCCGCCUCUGCUGCGUCACCAGCGCCGACCAGGGCCUGAGCUGGAGCACGGCCACAGACCUGACGCAGCAGGUCAUUGGCGGGGCCAUCAAAGACUGGGCGACGUUCGCGCUGGGCCCCGGUCACGGGAUCCAGCUGCGGUCUGGCCGGCUGCUAGUGCCCGCCUACAGCUACCACAUCGACUGCAAGGAGUGCUUUGGGCAGCUCUGCAAGACCACCCCUCACUCCUUCGCCUUCUACAGCGAUGACCAUGGCCAGGGCUGGCGCUUCGGGGAGUUCAUCCCCAACCUGCAGACGGGCGAGUGCCAGCUGGUCUCGGUAGAUGAGGAGGAUGGCUCCAAUGUCCUCUACUGCAAUGCCCGCAGCCCCUUGGGCUUCAGGGUCCAGGCGCUGAGCACGGAUGACGGGGCUGUCUUCCAUGGGGGGCAGCUGGUCCAGCGGCUCGUUGAGCCCCCCCAUGGCUGUCAUGGCAGUGUCAUUGGCUUCCCCGCACCUUUUGUGUAUGUCCCUGCCACCCCCCAGGACCCUGUGAUGUCCCUUCGGGGCCCAGCUCGCUGGCUGCUCCCUGGGACGCUCCCAGGGUUUCAGUACCUGCCCACCUGCCAGGCAGCAGGAGAUGAGCUGCCUGCCGUGGCCACCAGCAGCCACCAUGAGCCAGCCGAGCCUGAGGAGGGCUGUCCUUCCACAGGGCAUCACAGCCAUGCCCACAGCAUCACCUUGGUCCCAGGGGACCCUGCAACUACCCCCAGCCCCGCUGCCUUCUUCCAAGCGCCAACGUGGGUCCUCUACUCCCACCCCACCAGCUCCAUGUCACGGGUCAACAUGGGGAUUCACCUGAGCACCUUCCCCAGGGAUGUGGAGAGCUGGACUGAGCCAUGGGUCAUCUACGAGGGCCCAAGCGCUUACUCGGACCUGGCUUACAUAGAGCUGCCCUACAACGAGGCUUCCAUCGCUGGUGGCCCGGCCAUUGCUUUCGCCUGCCUCUACGAGAAUGGGAUACGGUCACCCUAUGAGCAGAUCUCCUUCAGCAUGUUCACACUGCAGGAUGUGCUCCAGAAUAUCCCCCUGACAGCCACUGCUCCCCAGCGGGACGGCGGCCCCCUGUGCUGCAGGAAGCAGGGGCGAAGGAGCUGCCUCAUCUCCUAG